GACCCUGCCGCGCCCCUUCUCGUUUUACCACAGGACUGGGGUUGGGGAGGGGGCCUGGGCGGAGGUGCUUCUCACCCUCUGCCCUGAGGAAGCCGAGACCCGGCCUCUCCAAGGCCUGGCGGGGAAGCUGAGCCCCUUUCUUCCCCUGCUCUGGGCCCCUCGCUCCGGCAGGCGGGGUAGAAACAGAGAGCGGGCUGGGGCCCUUGGUCUGGGAGAGGCGAGGUGGGGGGCAGUUGGUCGCCUGUGGCCGCCUCUCAUUCAAGAGUUGCCGUUGUUGGCAUCGUCAUCGUCGUGAUACUACAAGGGGACUAGCUGGCUUGUUUCCCCCAAAUCAUUCUUCUGAAAAAGGCCGCAUCGCACCAGAGAAGAAGCCACAGGGAUGAUUGGGAGACUUCGAUAAAAUCUGGCGUGAGCAUUGUGAAGAUGAAGAAACUCUCUGUGAAUAUGCUGAGGCAAUGAAAAACCUGGCAGAUAAUCAUUGGGAUAAAACCUGUGAAGGAGAGGGCCGCAUUGAAUGGUGCUGCAGUGUGUCACGGGAAUAUUUUCAAAAUGGGGGAAAACGAAAAGCACUGGAGAAAGAUGAGAAAAGAGCAGUUCUUGCUACUCCAAGUAUUCAAACCAUGAGUGUUCACCCGGCUCCCAAAGUAGAGGAUUCUUCUGAAAAUUCAAAGCACGGUUCUUUAAUGGAUGAAUUGCUACAUCCUUCAGGAAAGAUCAGAUUACUUGAUGUUGGCAGCUGUUUUAAUCCAUUUCUGAAGUUUGAAGAAUUUUUGACCGUUGGCAUUGACAUUGUUCCAGCUGUUGAGAGCGUCUACAAAUGUGACUUCUUAAACCUUCAGAUUCAGCAACCUCUUCAGCUUGCGCAAGAUGCCAUAGAUGCUUUUUUGAAACAGCUAAAAAAUCCUAUUGAUUCUCUGCCUGGAGAAUUGUUCCAUGUUGUGGUCUUCUCCCUUCUCCUUUCUUACUUCCCUUCACCCUAUCAACGAUGGAUAUGUUGCAAAAAGGCCCAUGAACUUCUUGUAUUAAAUGGAUUGCUGCUGAUUAUCACCCCUGACUCUUCCCAUCAGAAUCGUCAUGCUAUGAUGAUGAAAAGCUGGAAAAUUGCUGUAGAAUCCUUGGGCUUUAAGCGUUUCAAGUAUUCAAAGUUUUCUCAUAUGCAUCUGAUGGCAUUUAGGAAGAUCUCACUUAAAACAACAAGUGACUUGGUGAGUAGGAACUACCCAGGCAUGUUGUACAUCCCCCAGGAUUUCAACAGUAUAGAAGAAGAGGAUUUUUCUAAUAAUUCCUGCUAUAUCCGAUCAGAUGCUGAAGAUGAACAGCUGGCCUACAGCUUCAUGGAGCUUCCAGAUGCUCCUUAUGACUCGGAUUCUGGGGAAAGCCAGAGCAGCUCUCUUCCUUUUUAUGAGCUAGAAGAUCCUAUAUUGCUUCUAAGUUAAUGUAACAAUUAAAAUCUGCUUCAAGUUCAAACUACCUUUACUGUAAAACUAAUUUUGCUACACUGACAUCUGCUCUGUACAUAAAGCAUUUACAAAAAGGAAAUGCAAAAGUUUUUGAGAGCCUUCACUAUUUUUUUCUACUUAAUGAAUUUUAAAAUUUAUUCUUAUAUUGAAAAGUUGAAGUGCAUGUUUUAUGCAGAAUGGCUCAUGUCCAUAGCAUAAACAGGGUUUACUUUAAUAUUGGUAUUGGUAAAAUACUCCAGAAAGGUACAGUUCCCCUUCACCGUCCAGUGCUGUGAACUGUAAUUUUGCAAAAUAUGCUGAUGUGUCUUGGUUUGAUAUUUUUAAUCUCUAGAUAUGAUUUUUGAGGGUCAUGCUAGCAUUUCUUAGAGGUUUGCGCAUUACGAUAUAGUAUGCACUGUCAGUUAAAUGUCUAAGAAAGAUGUUUCAAAAGCUUGGUUAGCAUUUGACUUGAACAAAAACAUACAUAGAAUGAAGUUUUGGUUGAGUCAAUCUUGAUAUGGUGAAAUGAAAAUACCUGCAACUUGGUUUUACUUGUCUUUAAUACUGCAGUUAGAGUGUUUUGGAAAAAUAGUAGAUCCUCGUGCCCCUGCUGCUGUUGGAAUGAUAUGUAACGCACACAUAUACAACAAUAGACUUAUAAUAGUUUUUUUUUUGUUAACUUCAGAGCUAGAAUAUUGGCUUUUUUAUGAUUACACUAACAUCAUUGCCCACACUACAGUCUUUCACAGUAUAUUGUGUUAACAAAGUAUUUUGCAUUAAAGUACUUCAGUACAAAGCUAUAUAACAGUCACUUCCAGAAGUUUUUAAUUACAUGAAAUCAACAAAGUAUUCAAUUGGUCUCAUCAUAAUACUGCAUAUCUUUCUUAACAUUUUUGUUUGUAAGUUGUCCCCUCAACUACGGAUGAAAACAAAUAAAAGGCACUCUAACA